CGAAAGAAUCCAAACAAGUGUCCGAUCGCGGCCUGCAUCUGGACGGUUCCUUUUCCUCUCUCACGAGUGCCACGAUUGAGCGUUGUUGACGCGAUGUAACGGACACACAGAGACCGCGAAGAGUUCGCGUGAGUGGAAAAGAUAGUUGCAAGGAAACGUGGGGCAAAAUUCCAUUUCGCGGAGCAUAAAGUAUAAAAAUUAUAAAUUUUCGAAAACAUCAAUCCAUACGCAGCAUAGCUUUGCAAUAAAACGCCUUAUGACCGGCUUGAUUUAAAUUUAUUUUUUUCCGCAUGAGUGUAGCGGGAGGUUUCGUGCCCACUGCUACCUUAGCAGUUGUAACGCGAGCGCCUACGGGGUACGCAGCAGCGAUUGUUUGGUUUCCGCGGCGUAUUACUUGAAGGUUGUUCUUCGAACUCGCCGGCACAUUGCGGCUUUGCUAAGCGUGCCGUACGAGCAGUCUGCCACUCUCGUCGGACCGUCGAUCUCCGUACCAACGCGCGCGAUCGCGUACGUGUUUUUCCAUCGAGCUGCUGCUGUUUGUGCGUGUGCGAAGGAAAUAGCGUCAUCAAUAGAGCGAAAGAGAGAGCGAGAGAGAGUGAAUGUUUGAAUCAUUUAAUUUAGAGCAAGCGAGCGUUUCUUCUCGAAAACGGGGUACCCGCAAGCAUUGUGUUACAUCUUCGGCUUUGUUGUUGUGUCUGCGAUAAAGCCAAUCAAUAAUACCCAGACAAACGGUCCAGUACCGUUUCACAGUGCCUGCGUGUCGGUAGGAAGGCAAACUGGGUAAAGUUCCCCCGUGGAAGGUGAUAAACGUACAUUGGGAGAGCGAGUGAUAAGAAAACAACAAUAGUGGGCAGUUGUAGUAAAGAAGUUGCCCGAGGUAAAAGGGCAUCCCUGUGCGCGCCUGCAUUCAGUGGCCCAGUGACGAUCGUACGAAGAGUGCAUACAACCAAGCGCAUUUCUCCCAAAGGAAAAGGGGUGUCUAUAGUGUGCGUGCGUGCGUGCAAUGAACUUACGGACGGUUUGCGAUGCAGGAAUCUUGAACCAUCCCUAACGACCGACCGACCUACGAAACACACGGUACGCAUCAUAAUUGCGCCCAGAAGAAGCUUAAAACGAGGGCACCCGUUGGAACCUCGUGACAACCAGUCAAUGGUACAAUGUUGCUACGAUAGCCGUGAUCGUGCGUGCUUCAGUACCGUGGAUAUAUCGGCCAAGCGAACAGAAAUUCCAAGAAAGAAAAAAAAAAACAGAACCCCGGAAUAUCCAUUUCGGCGCUCAAGGCACACGCGAGACGCACGUCUUCAGUUUUUGGAAGGGUCGUCUUCCGCGUUCCUCGUGAUAGCCGUUUGAGCGUGUGAGUGAGCGAGUGUGUGUGUGCGAGAAUUACGGUUCGUUGAGGAUAGAAUUCCGUGAACUCGAAAAUUGUCUAGCCGAACGACCUUAGAAAAGCAGGAGCGAUAUAAGAAGGGUUUCCGUUGGGUCAGCUGUAACAAACUGUGCCUUUGUGCGUGUGUCUCAGUGUGAGUGUGUGUGUGUUGUCUCUGCUUCCUCCUUCGCGACGAUGUCGUACUACGCACCGAAAGCAAAGCCGGGAGGAGGCACCUUGAGGGCCGUGUACGAGAAACUAUACAGCAACUGUUCAACAUUCCGCAAGCUGCACUAUGAAGAAGUGCCUGACUCAUACGACUACAACAACCCAAAUGCCGCCUGCCAUCCGUCCGGCUAUACAACACACCCCGGUUCGCCAUACCACCAACAGAAUCAACCACCACCGUCCGACACCGGCAGUCCAUCGAGCGAUGUCGUUAUGAUCAAGAUCGACACCCCGUCACCGCUGCGGGACGAUCAACAGCGCUACCCGAAGGAAAUCGGGAAAACGUUACUGGCGCUAGUGUUUCUGGCGCUGAACUUUUUCCUUGCUACCGUGUCGCUGUCCCUCGUGCACGAUCGCGUGCCGGACCGGGACACGCACGAACCGCUGCCGGAUGCAUUUCUGGACCGGGUGCAGGCCCAGGAUUGGGCGCUCGAUGUGAGCGAAAUACUGAUCAUGGUCGUGGUGAACUCGUGCGUACUGCUGAUCACCUUCCACAAGCAUCGGUUCAUCGUGAUGCGGCGCGUUUUCCUGCUCCUGUCCGUGCUAUACAUGAUGCGGUCGGUAACGAUGUACGUCACGGUGCUGCCCGUGUCCAGCCGGACGUACUACUGCAGCCCGAAGUCAAACGCGAGCAGUGCGGGCGUUAUCGUGAAACGAGCGUUUCAGCUAAUCUCCGGCAUGGGUCUGUCGAUCAACGGGAAGCAGAUCUACUGCGGCGAUUACAUCUACAGUGGCCAUACGGUGACGCUUGUGCUGGGCUAUUUGGUGAUAUCCGAAUAUUCACCGAAACGAUUCUGGCCGAUACAUUGGAUCUACUGGAUGGCCAGUUUGACCGGUGUGGUGAUGGUGCUGGUAGCACACGGGCACUACACAGUCGAUGUUCUGAUUGCGUACUACGCGACGACGCGGCUUUUCUGGACGUACCACACGCUUGCCAACAAUAGCUUACUGUUGAAGCAAAAUGGCAACAACUACAUCGGACGGGAAUGGUGGUACUUUGGUUUCCGGUACUUUGAGCGCAACGUCCGUGGCCCCAUCCCGCUCCAGUACGACUGUCCCCUGUCACUGCCGGCGUCCUGGACGAAAAAGUCGCCCAAGUUGCCGGGGCGCGAAAGUUGAUACCAUCAUCAUCAUCAUCAUCACCGUUGGCUGCUGAUCGUGGACACUUCUUACCUCAUUGUGGUUGACGGUCUCACCCAUCAGCGGAAGAAUUAAGCGUUUAAUGCGGAACAGCGUUAUCUAAGCGCAGGCGAGCCACAACCGUGUGCCCGCCAUAGUUUCCCAUAGAAGAUCUUAUCCAGUUCCUAGUGCGUGUGUAAUACAAGACAAUUGGGCACAAUCAGUUCCAGGAGCGCGUGGCAUGCAAGGGUGCUCCUCCGUGUGAAUCUGAUUCGUGAUGCCCAUAAGAAGAUGGAAAGAAGAGGGAAAAAACAAAAGACUUUAAAAACCCCAUUAAAUAAGGUACGAUAUAGAUAUAUAGGGUAGACAUUUGUUAGAAUCUGUACACAGGCGUGCUGUGUGGCGCGCGCAUAUACCGUUGAAUAAGCGUUUCGAUUAUUCAAAGUCCGUUGUAAAGUAGUUCCACACACCACUUUCCCUAGGUGAAGAAAACUUUAUCUGUCGAUUCGGUUGUAAAUUACCAUGUUUUCUUUUUUAACCGGCGCGUAAACAAUUCUCUAUCAACGCAAUCCCAGUUUUUCGACAGCUAAAUUUGAGCAGACGAACUCGGUGUCUUACUCGGUAGACAACCAGACCAAGUCAGAUUUAGGUCAGAUUGUUUUAGUUCCAGUAGCGUAAGAAGAGGAUUUGCGAGUUUUAGUUAGAGAAGGGGAGGGGAGGGUGUAUUAGAGAAGGUAGUACGCCAUUUACCAGAAGCAAACGGCGAAAACCAAUGUGAUAUAACAAAUUGCGCCGAGCGCAAUGCUAGCGAAAAAAGGAAUGUGUCCGCCGUUCCGUUUGGUGGUUUUCAUUCGUUGUGCGUUUUUUUCUCUCUCUCCUCCGUGUACAAUAGAAUUAAAGCGCUUUUUAGCGUUCCUUUCAAUACAUUUACGGAUAGCACAGGCUACCGGGGCAGGCUGCAAGCGACGAUCCACUCGUAAGGAAAUGGUGGAACAGCAGCAGUUCGAUCGGUCAUCGGUAUAGAGGGCAAACGAAGGCUUCUUCCCGAACGAUGUACACCACACAGCAAACUCUGAUCAAAUGCUAUUGUGUUCGGUUGUUAAAUCUCAUUGAAUCCUAGCAACAACGACGAGCUAUUCCUCUCGAGAUGUGAGACACGCGCGAAGUAAUCCUAAGGAAAGACGAACUGCGAACCACUAGACGCAGGAUUGGUUGAAGUUUAAUUCAUUUGCUGUCCGUUGCUUGAGAAUGGUGUUGUUCAUGUGUGUGGAGCUGUUAAUAUUGUUUCACCCUCCUUUCGAUGUACGCACGGUGCACCUCACCGCCGAAACUCUACCGACUGUCGCCUGAAUUGAAAUCAACCAAACAAAAAACUCACGUGUGCCUUCUUUAACUGCCUUGUAAAGUGAAAAUGAAACCCCCAUUUUAGUAUGUAAGCAAGUAUGAUGAAGAAAAAAAAACGAAAAAUCUAAAAUUCUAA